AUGACCGACAAUAUCCCCCUGCAGCCCGUGAGGCGGCCGAAAAGGCAAGACAGUAAACACAGAAAUGGGUGCUGCCCGUGGUCGAGAUGCUGUGGCAUGGGCGACUUCCGUCCCCGCACCGUCUGGCUCGGCCACCCGGAAAAAAGGGAGCAGAGGUACCCGAGGAAUGUCAUCAACAACCAGAAGUACAACUUCUUCACCUUCCUGCCUGCGGUGCUGUUCAAUCAGUUCAAGUACUUCUUCAACUUAUACUUUUUGCUUUUGGCCUGCUCUCAGUUCAUCAAGGAGCUCCGGUUAGGUGCACUCUACACCUACUGGGUCCCGCUGGGUCUUGUUUUGGCUAUCACCAUCAUGAGAGAGGCGGUUGAAGAAAUAAGAUGCUACAUUCGAGACAAAGAGAUGAACUCUCAGAUUUACAGCAAGCUUUCAACAAGAGGGACAGUGAAGGUGAAAAGCAGCGGUAUUCAAGUUGGAGAUCUUAUAAUUGUGGAAAAGAACCAGCGUGUUCCUGCUGACAUGAUCUUUUUAAGGACCUCUGAAAGAAAUGGCUCCUGUUUCCUGCGCACCGACCAGCUGGAUGGAGAGACGGACUGGAAACUACGCCUCCCAGUGGCGUGCACUCAGAGGCUGCCGACUGCUGCCGAUCUUCUACAAAUCAGAUCAUAUGUGUACGCAGAAGAGCCAAACAUUGAUAUCCAUAACUUUAUUGGAACUUUCACCCGGGAGGACGGAGACCCCCCAGUCAACGAGAGUCUCAGCAUUGAGAACACCCUGUGGGCCAGCACCGUUGUGGCCUCCGGCACAGUGGUGGGGGUUGUGAUUUACACAGGCAAGGAGCUGCGCAGUGUCAUGAACACCUCCAACCCAAGACACAAGGUGGGUCUGUUUGACUUGGAAGUGAACUGUUUGACUAAGAUCCUGUUUGGGGCUCUCGUCGUGGUGUCGCUGGUUAUGGUGGCCCUGCAGCACUUCGUUGGCCGUUGGUACCUCCAGAUCUUGCGCUUCCUGCUGCUCUUCUCUAACAUCGUGCCGAUAAGUUUGCGUGUCAAUCUGGACAUGGGAAAGAUGGUUUUCAGUUGGAUGAUUAAGAGGGACUCCAAGAUCCCUGGGACGAUGGUGAGGUCAAGCACCAUACCAGAGCAGCUGGGACGCAUCUCCUACCUGCUGACUGACAAAACAGGAACUCUUACUCAAAAUGAAAUGGUGUUCAGGCGCCUCCAUCUUGGAACUGUGGCAUAUGGGAUGGACUCGAUGGAUGAAGUACAGAGCCUUGUAUUCAGCGCUUACACGCAGCCCGCCCAUGACCUUCCAGCCUCCAGGGCUCCAGCAGCCACCAAGGUGCGCAAGACGAUCAUCAGCCGAGUUCACGAGGCUGUGAAGGCCAUCGCCCUGGUGCACAACGUGACGCCCGUGUACGAGGCCAACGGUGUGACGGACCAGGCCGAGGCGGAGCAGCAUUAUGAAGACACGUGCAGAGUCUACCAGGCCUCCAGCCCAGAUGAGGUGUCGCUGGUGCAGUGGACUGAGAGCGUUGGUCUGACACUGGUGGGAAGAGACCAGUCCUCCAUGCAGCUGCGGACCCCUACUGGCCAAAUACUGAACUUCACCAUCCUGCAGAUAUUUCCCUUCACCUAUGAGAGCAAGAGGAUGGGCAUUAUAGUGCGAGACGAGUCUACUGGAGAGAUUACGUUCUACAUGAAGGGAGCUGAUGUGGUGAUGGCAGGCAUCGUCCAGUACAACGACUGGCUGGAAGAGGAGUGUGGGAACAUGGCGAGGGAAGGCCUGAGGGUCCUUGUCGUCUCAAAGAAGUCUCUCACAGAGGAGCAGUAUCAAGACUUUGAGGCACGUUACGUCCAGGCCAAGCUCAGCGUCCAUGACCGCUCGCUGAAGGUGGCCACAGUGAUUGAGAGUCUGGAGAUGGAGAUGGAGCUGCUUUGUCUGACCGGGGUGGAGGACCAGCUCCAGACUGAUGUCAGGCCCACCCUGGAGAUCCUCCGUAACGCAGGAAUCAAGGUUUGGAUGCUAACAGGCGACAAGCUUGAGACGGCGACCUGCACUGCGAAGAACGCCCAUCUGAUCACCCGCAACCAGGACAUCCAUAUCUUCAGAUCCGUGACAACGCGAGGGGAAGCCCACCUGGAGCUCAACGCUUUUAGGAGAAAGCACGACUGCGCCCUGGUGAUAUCAGGAGACUCGCUUGAGGUUUGUCUGAAGUACUACGAGUAUGAAUUCAUGGAGCUCGCAUGUCAGUGUCCGGCUGUGGUUUGCUGCCGAUGCACCCCCACUCAGAAGGCCCAGAUAGUCCGACUGCUGCAAGAGCGCACAGGAAAGCUCACCUGCGCUGUAGGGGAUGGAGGAAACGAUGUCAGCAUGAUCCAGGAAGCCGACUGUGGCGUGGGAGUGGAGGGAAAAGAAGGAAAGCAGGCCUCGCUGGCUGCAGACUUCUCUGUGACUCAGUUCAAACAUUUAGGCCGUCUCCUCAUGGUCCACGGUCGGAACAGCUACAAAAGGUCUGCAGCCCUCAGUCAGUUCGUCAUCCACAGGAGCCUGUGCAUCAGCACCAUGCAGGCGGUGUUCUCCUCUGUUUUCUACUUUGCCUCGGUCUCACUCUACCAAGGAUUCCUGAUUAUUGGCUACUCGACCAUCUACACAAUGUUCCCUGUCUUCUCCCUGGUCCUGGACAAAGAUGUUAAGUCAGAGGUUGCCAUGUUAUACCCAGAAUUAUACAAGGAUCUCUUGAAGGGCCGACCGCUUUCUUACAAAACGUUUCUAAUAUGGGUCAUAAUAAGUAUCUAUCAAGGCAGCAUCAUCAUGUACGGGGCGCUGCUGCUCUUCGAUUCAGAGUUCGUCCACAUCGUCGCCAUUUCCUUCACCUCUCUCAUCCUGACCGAGCUGCUGAUGGUGGCGCUGACCAUACAGACGUGGCACUGGCUCAUGAUAGUCGGCGAGCUGCUGAGCUUGGCCUGCUACGUCGCCUCACUCGUCUUCCUGCACGAGUUCAUAGACGUGUACUUCAUCACCACAGUGUCGUUCCUGUGGAAGGUGACCGUCAUCACGCUGGUGAGCUGUCUGCCCCUUUACAUCCUCAAGUACCUCCGCAGACGCUUCUCCCCGCCCAGCUACUCCAAGCUGACCUCUUAAAGACUCUUCAUUUGCUUUCGGAAAAACUAACAGAGGCGCCCCUGUCUUCCUCCAGCAGAGAAUCAAACCUGGAUUCAUCCUCCCUUUUUUUUUAAUUUCGUCGAAAAAGUUCCACUUGGAAACGUGAAGCACUGACCGGUUGUUUACUGAGAGUUUGCGUUGAAAAUCAGUGUGACUUCCUACACAUGUUUGAUGCAAAGACUCGUGAUUUCUCUACGGGGGGGAACACCUGCAGGGAAAUGCAGUUAGUUUAACUGACCUAUUUGUUGUCAGCUGACUUAAAACGUGUCUUGAACAAAAAUGUAAAUAUGUGGUGUAAAAGACGGCGGCUGUUUAGCCUGUAUUUAUUAAAUGAAGGGACAGAAUCGGUACGUUUAAUUAUGCAGUUUUUUUUGUUUUAUAAUGUUAAUGUUUAAAUUCAUAUCAUGGAAAUAAUUCCCGCUUCCUGCUGAAAGAGUCAAACCAACACUGGAAUAGACGUGGCGUUCCCACUCGGGACUCGAUUGACGCUCUCCUUGAAGCAGGGAUUUCCGAAUGAAUCUUGAGAAGAAAAGCCUUUGCAUAAAACACAAGUCUGCGAGCUCCUGCAUUUGUUUGUGCGUCACCGCGAUGCAUCAGCACGCCGCGGGCGGAGGGCGCCGGGGUUGCUUCUUUUAGCAUGAGCUGUGGUGUCUGAUGUUAAAUCUGUCCUUAUUUUUAUUUUUUUUCGGACCCUGAGUAUUUACAGUUUGGGGAGCGCGGUCAAAACGGCCACAAAAGGAGCGCCGGGUUUAUUCGCAGACGAACCUUUCCACCGGGGCUCCCGGGCCGGCGUGGCGUCCGCGGUGGGGAGCGCGCGGCCUCUCGCGUGGCCGCUCAGCAGGCCAGAGGCGGCUUCAGCGUUGCAUGAUGACUCACUGCGAGAGUGACCUAAAGCCAUAACUGAGAAUAGCCCAUGUGACCCGCCGGCCACUUCGACUAGCCCCCGCAGCUGUGACAAAAGAAAAGGAUCAAAUAGGAUGUGAAUACUGCUAAAAAAAAAUAUUACAACUGCGGAUUGAGAGCGAGGGAAAAAAAAGAGUGAUACUGCACCUGUGGUGUUUUAUUUCUCUAGUCGGUGUGACGGUGAAUAUUCUGUAAAUAAUCGGCAACUAACCGAAUAACAUUACAUUAUUUCAGAUGUCACUUUUUCUUAUGUCUGUUGAUGAAUCUUGACUUGUCAGCAUCCAGGGUGCCAUGAGUUAACAUUUUCUCUAAUAUGUUCAUCUAAAACCGUUAUUCCCACUGAAUUAAGCGUGUUUGCACCAGAUGUUUUUUUGUUUUGUUUUUGUAAUAGAACCACAAAACAUAAAUGAGGAAUUGAGUUAUUUUGCUUGUAAAUAACAUGUUUUGUAUUUAUUAACAUGUUUUAUUUAAUGGAGUUGAUUGCACUCAAAUGAACAAAAAGGGAGACCUGUAAUGAUGUCAGUGUUGUGAUGAUUAAUAAAUCUCAUGUUUUUCCUCUGCCAUUUAUUUUCAUUUAUUUAACAAUAAAAAAAACAAGAAUUCAUGUCCAAA